ACGAAUCCGGAGACCCAAGUCACAGCACAUCUUUCCAUAUGUAAUCUCAGAAAUCCAACAGUUUGCAGAAAGAAAGAUCGCUUUCUCCACUGCACUUAACAAGGCUUGGGACUUUAAAUUACCAAAAAAGGCAUACCCAAGAUAAUCAUGGCUAUGCAAGAACAAACACCAAGUCUUGAAAAACCACUAAUCUCUGAAGCUGGAACAUUAGAAUCAAAACGCAGAUUCACCAAAGAUGAGAUCGUCCUGGAAGUGAAGAAGCAGCUCAAGCUGGCUGGUCCUCUUGUAUCAGUUAAUUUCUUGAUGUAUCUUUUACAGGUCAUAUCAGUCAUGUUCGUUGGUCAUCUCGGAGAGCUAUCUCUUGCUGGUGCUUCCAUGGCCACUUCUUUCGCUUCAGUAACUGGCUUCAGCUUAUUGAAAGGAAUGGGAAGUGCAUUAGAUACAUUCUGUGGUCAAUCUUAUGGAGCAAAGCAGUAUCAUAUGCUUGGUAUACACUUGCAGAGGGCAAUGAUUGUUCUUCUGCUUGUCAGCAUUUGCCUUGCAUUUAUAUGGGCGAAUGCUGGUGAGAUUCUGCUGUUCCUCAGGCAAGAUCCCCAGAUAGCAGCAGAGGCUGGACGCUAUGCCCAUUUUAUGAUUCCUAGCAUUUUUGGUUACGCCAUCCAGGAAUGUCUUGUCAGAUUCUUGCAAACCCAAAACAAUGUGAUACCAAUGAUGAUUAGCUCAGGAAUUACAACUUUUCUUCACGUGUUCAUUUGUUGGGUUCUUGUUUUUAAGUCUGGACUUGGAAAUAAAGGUGCUGCAUUGGCAAAUGCUAUCUCUUAUUGGAUCUAUGCACUCUUGUUAGUACUUUAUGUAAGCACAUCUCCUUCCUGCAAGAAGACGUGGACUGGUUUCUCUAAGGAGGCCCUUCAUGGAAUCCCGAAGUAUCUUAAACUAGCAAUUCCUUCAGCUGCAAUGCUCAGCUUGGAGAUUUGGUCAUUUGAGAUGAUGGUUCUCUUAUCUGGCCUUCUUCCAAAUCCAAAACUGGAAACAUCAGUCCUUUCCAUCAGCCUUAACACAUGUGCAAUCGCAUUCAUGAUACCCCUUGGACUCGGUGGAGCUAUAAGCACAAGAGUGUCAAAUGAACUUGGUGCUGGGCAACCAAGAGCAGCUCGUCUAGCAGUACGUGUUGCAAUAUUUGUGGUUGCUACUGAAGCCACGGUGGUAGCCUUUACCAUGAUACUGGGUCGUAAAGUUUGGGGCUACUUUUAUAGCACAGAAGAGCGUGUAGUGAAAUAUGUGGGACAAAUGCUGAUCUUGGUUGCAAUAUCCCAUGUUUUGGAUGGCAUUCAAUCUGUGCUUUCAGGCAUUUGUCGAGGAUGUGGAUGGCAGAAGAUUGGAGCUAUAAUUAAUCUGGGAGCUUACUAUCUUGUUGGCAUUCCUUGUUCUGUAGUAUUAGCUUUUGUCUACCAUGUUGGGGGAAAGGGGCUCUGGACAGGACUUAUAGUUGCACUGGUUUUCCAAGCACUAGGUCUGUUGGCAAUCACUCUGAGAACCAACUGGGAGAAAGAAUCCAAAAAGGCUACUGAUAGAGUCUCCAGCAACAAUGCUACAUUAACUCCUGAAAACUUGUCACCGUCGACGAGGCUCAGAAGUAAUUUUAAGCACUUUACAGAGAACAGUAAUAAUUUUAAGCUUAGAAUCUUUAAUCAGAAGGUCUCAAGUUAUAAUCUGAUAAUCUAGCUUAUUUAAAAUUUUAAUGUGCAAAGAACUCGAGUUGUCAGCAAUAUCCCACUAUCUUGGAGCUGACGAGUACCUUUCAUUAAGAUGUAUUUUUAUGAGUUACAAAUGAAGGAGAUUGACAGGAACUUGAAACUUUGAUCAA